AUUGUUUCUACAUAAGAACACAAUGCUUUCAGUAUAUUUGGGAAUAAGUUUUAUGGCUACAAGUUUUGUACUCGCUCCCGUAGACACAGCGCCAGUACAACAGGAUGAAAGAGAAAGCGAUAUUUUAUAUUAUGAAAAUAUAAGCGACGGAAAAGGAAAUUAUGGAUUCAGUUUUGGGACGGCCGAUAACACAAGGAGAGAGGAGACGGGGCAGAUCGUGAACGCCGGUCAGCCGGACGAGCACAUCGAGGUCAACGGGUCCUACUCGUACUUCCGACCGGACGGAGAGGAGGAGAUCGUCUACUACGUCGCCGACAAAGAUGGCUUCCGGACUGUCCCCAAACCGGAACGGCCUCUCACAGCGGUCCUGGCUGGCAUACCCACUGCCGUUCUCGCAUCUUUAGCAGGGUAGACAAUAGAUGAAAAUAGAAGUUCUUAAAGUCAUAACUAAGAUCAUCUCAAGAACUCUUUAACCUAGAGUCUUGUAGA